AGACCGUGAGAGUAGAGUUGUGUUGUGCUAAACUUUUAAGAAAACGCAUUUUGUUUGUCUUCCCAGGACGGGGACACUAUACGACCGGACGCGGACUAACACCGUUUUGAACGUUCCGAGCUUUUACGCGAGGACUCAUUCUGCACGCACCCGUCCAAGGGUUUUCCAAAUGGAAGACGAAUGGGAAGAAGAGGAGCAGCUCGUUGUGGUGGAGCUCUCCGGUAUCAUCAACAAUGACUUCAUGGCCAAGUGUCGGGGUAAAUGCAAGAUACUGGGUAUUGACAGUGAGAAGCCCAUGAUGCAGGUGGGACAGUAUGUGUUCGCAGGGGAAUAUGAAGACGCUUUGGGAACUUGUGUGCUGUUUGAGGAGACACCUCAGAAAGAAAAAGCAGGCAGUGUUCCAGAGCUUAAGUACAUUUGCCACACCGCGAAAAAACUGAUGAUGCAACGAGUGUUCCUUGUUGAGAAGAAAGAGGGUGCAACCAGCACAGAAAGUGGUGAGCAGUUGGACGGAAGCUGUCAGCCCAACCAACCGGGAGAGACAGCGGGCAAUAUAGACGGCACAGAUUUGGAAGACGCAGCAGUGGGCUGAAUUGACCUUUCUGUACUAGUGAAGGGACGACAAGCUGUGAAGAACUCCAUCUCUAAAACAAACAAGAUAAAGACAGUGGGACUCAUACACAGUUUUGUAAGAAGGAAAAUUGUCAGUAUUUGUGUCUCGUGUCUCGAUCCUUUUCCAGAAAAAUUUAACCGCCCUUCUUCACUUAACCUCAAAAGUACAUUUGAUAUGUAAUGCUUAGUUUAAAUACAGUUGAAUAUCACUUUUUAAAUGAAUCGGGUGAAUAUAUCUCUAUAUUUCCAGAAAGCAGGGUUCAUGGGAAAGGCAGUGCCAAACCUUGUUGCAGCGGGAAGUCCUGUCAUUGUGCUUUGUGGGGUUUUCCACUUGUCAUCUAACCAGCGGAGGGAGAGAUAUUUGCUCAAAUUGCGAGGAGACCGGAAAGAGUAGGGCAUUCAAACUUUUUAAAAAGUGAGUGGAAUACUUCAUAUUCAGUAUUUAGGAACAUUUUUUUCAAACUUGUGAUACAUUGUUCCAUCUGCACUGACUGUUGAUUUACUGUUGUGAAGCCAACUGAAAUAAAGGCUAUUUAUUUUUUGAGUCUGGGUGUUAUUGUGUUUUAUGUUGUUGCUGAUGAUUUGUUUUAGUUAAAUAUCUGCCACAGAAUAUGUGUUAAUUUGGCAUUUGGUUUCAAAACAGAGUUUGUUAAAUGGGCAAAGCUGUUGUUGAUAUGUAAAUUAAUAAAAUAAAGAUAAUUUGUAAGGUG